AUAAAGCAUGAGUAGCGAGAGUGACUGAUCACGGAUGUUGAGUUCCUGUAACACACGCUGCACUGUGCGAUUUCGUUGGAAAAAUAAUCAUUCAAUUUCAUUUGUCGAGGUUCCGUGCAUGUUUACGGCCGUGUGUAGGUGCUGAGCAUCUUGACCAUGAAAGUUUGUUUAUUUUGGCCCGCUGCUGCGCUUUGUUGGCUGGCUGACAAUGCGCUGCGCGUGUGAGUGACGGGAGAGCAAACCGGUUUGGCCUGCGCUAAUCGCCAGCACCAAGCAUCUCCGAUAUCCACAUGUUUUUCCGUUGAUCACGUUGGCGACAGUGUAGCCGUCUUGCAGAUCGGGUUGGCCGUCGCAUGAUCACCGAUUCGCAGGUGUCGCGGAGGGAGAAAUCAAUCGCACUGCAUAGUGCAUAGUACUGCAUACCUCGCUGCAUUCUCGACGCGCCUGAGCAGCCUAACCAAACGACAGCCAGUGUUUGCUCUGUCCACACUCUACUCUACGGACAGUGACUGUCAUGUCUUGGAAAAUUGCUGGAUCGUGUCCUUCGUGAUUCCCGACUGAUCUGAACCAUGGCUUCCUCCUCCCCCCAGACCCCCCUCACCCGCCGCGCCCCCACGGGGACGCUGAUCACGGAUGUGGGCCAGAGCACUUUCUACGCCAAGGAGAAUCCCAGUCGAUCGGUGUCGGUGCGUCUGCGCCCCCCGCGGGGCACCCCCACCAGCAGCAGCCUGUCUUCCUCGUGCAGCGUGGACGGGACGCUGCGGCAACACGCCAGCCUCCCUCGGGACGGCAGACGCUUCUUAUCAUCAGCCGCGAGCGACUCGCGCUUCCCGCGCUUACAGGACUGCGCGCACUUCCACUAUGAACGCGUCGGGCUCAGUCGACUGCAGGUCUCGUUAUACCAAGGCGCCACAGCAUCGCUGGUCUCCUCCACCGAGUGCUGCCUGUCCGACGACAACAAGUGUCUGGCCAACAACAGUUCCGACGCGACAUCAUCCGCGCUGCGCUGGGCCUCCCGCGCGGUAUACCACGGCGUGGACGAGGCAUCGGGGGAGUUGUUCUUCACGCUAAGCGUCAGCUGCAACGCCAAACACUGGCUGAUCCGCCGCUCCUGGCCGCAUUUGCUUAAAUUCGACAAGCAACUGCACACCUGCUGCUACGACCGCGGAUUCAGCCAACUGACGCCUCUGACCAGUCUGGGCGCCGGCCGACCGGAUGGCGGACGGGAAACUAUCGAGGCUCUGAAGGGUCCGCUCAGUGCGUAUCUGGCCCGCUUCUCCCAGAUUGCCGGCAAUCUCAUCAACUGCGCUCCGGUCCUUAGCUGGUUGGAAUUAGACAACCGGGGCUUCCAUCUGGUGGCCUGCGCCUCGGACGGCUCGGCCAUCAACACGCCGGCCGUGGCGGCCGUCCACGUGGUGAAGCGCUACGUGCCGCAGCUGGACGACGAACUGGCGCUGGAGGUGGGCGACAUGAUCUCGGUGAUCGACAUGCCGGCCGGCGAGGAGUCCAUGUGGUGGCGCGGCAAGAAGGAGCUGGAGGUCGGCUUCUUCCCCGGCGACUGCGUCCAGCUCAUCUCGCGCGACAAAAUCCCCCACGGCACGCCCGACGCACGGCGCUGCAUCACGUCUCUCAGCCAUGAACAGCUGCCAGUAUUGCGGAAACAGAGCAAAUUUGCCAGUUUCUUCCGUUCCUUCCUCUCCAACCGCCCCACCCGCCGCCGCCUGAAGGAGUCCGGUAUUUUACGCGAGCGUAUUUUCGGCUGUGACCUCGGCGAAUAUCUCAUGAACGCCAGCAGUGGUGGCGCCGAGGGUGUCGGCCUAAAAGUGCCGGCCGUCUUAAUCCACUGCGCGGCCUUCAUCGAGCAGUACGGCAUCAUCGACGGGAUCUACCGUCUGUCCGGCAUCCAGUCCAACAUCCAUCGUCUGCGCCAGGAGUUCGACGCCGACCACGUGCCGGACCUGGCCAACAGCGAGCUGUACAUGCAGGACAUCCACUCGGUGGCCUCCGUCCUCAAGCUCUACUUCCGCGAACUGCCCAACCCCUUACUCACGCACCAGCUGUACGAGCAGUUCGUCGAGGCGGUGCAGGCCGCCGAGGAGCUGCGUUUACUGAAGAUACACGAUGUCGUUAGCCGGCUGCCGCCGCCGCACUACCGCACGCUCGAGUAUUUGAUGCGCCAUCUAGCGCGCAUCGCUUCCGCCGCGGGCAGAACUGGGAUGACCUCGAAAAAUUUGGCGAUUGUCUGGGCGCCCAAUCUUCUCCGAUCGUCGGAAUCGGAGUCGAGUCUGGACGCGUUGAAGGGCGUGAGCGUGUGCGCCAUCGCGGUGGAGUACCUGGUGAACUACGCCGAGCUGAUUUUCAGCAGCCAGAUGCAGACGCCGGCGCUGCUCAGUCGUUCCGGCAUGAGCGGGCUGAGUGGCCGGCCCAAGUCGCUGGCCGUGUCCAACCCCGCCAAACUCCUCACGCUCGACCAGGCCCGCAGCGUCACCCGCGCCAACCCCUCCGAGGCGCUGCCCGCCUUCGUCGAGGUCGGCGCCGGUCCGCACAACCUUCCCCAAUUCCACACCGUCAUCGAGCUGCCCAAAUCACGUGGGAAACGGCGCAGUCGCAGCGUCAAGGACCGUAAGACCUCCUUAACGUGGCGCAGCAUCCUGCCCGGGCAGCGCAGCCAGCGCAAACAAGUGUGCAGCGACCGCUUCCUUCCGCUGUCCUUACACUCGCCCCCCGGGGCCUCCCAACUAGACUCCCGAUUGUCCAGCAGCCGCUCCGUGGAGUCCGUCUUCCAGGUGGCCCGCAGCGCCCCCGACCCGCUCCUCCUGCACUCCACCCUCCCCGAGGAGCCCGUCUCGGCCCCCGUGCACCCGCCCCUCACCCGCUCGCACUCCAGCCCCGUCAGCCACAGCCGCUCCGUCUCCCACGAGUCCUACUUCGUCCGCAGCGGCUCCCUGGGCUUGACGCGGCCCCGCCGCAUCAUCGACGUGGUGCGGACGGUGCGGUAUGAUCAGUGCGAGGGCGGACUGCUGGUCAAGCUGUCGUUUGAUGAGGCCGUGGAGAACGCCAUGCAGGUGGAGGCCGGGAUACUGAAUGAGACGCUGGUGGCGCCCGCGACCCCGGUGGAGGUCCGCGCGGAGGUCGUGGAGCCCGUGCCGGUGCGGCAAGCGGCGCGGGUGACGUCGAAGCGGCCGUACCGCGCCCUGUCGCCGCUGGUGCUGCGCCGGCAUCGCAGCUGGGUGGCCGAGGAGUCCAAGCAGGAGAAGACGGCGAAGGGACGCUUUGUGAAGGCCACGACGUUCCCGCGGCAGACUAGCGGGAUCAAACGGUGUUUGAGCGCCUCCCCUAAGACUGGUCGACGCGUGGAGGUGGAUCGCGACGCGGUCUCGCUGGUGCUGGGCAAACGCGCCUCCGACUCCUGUAGUUCAUCGUCGUCAUCCGGACGGAAAUCCUUCCGCCGCAGCGCCGCGGAAGAGGACGCGGACAGUCUCGUGGUUGUGGCAGCGGAAGCGCCAGUGUCCGUCGUCGUGGCGGUGGUGCACCACCAAGAGCAGCAGCAGGAACAGCAGGACAUCGAGGAGGCGUGCCAAGCCAUCUGUGAUUCAUUCCCCGGCCAAAUGGACGCCGAGACGACGGUUACCCCCAGUGCGCCGUAUCUGGAGGAUGUCGAGGACGCAGCGGAUGUGGCCACCACCCCCGAGAUCGCCGCCACCUUCGUCUGGCUCGACAACGCCGAAUGCUCGUCGCUGUCGUCGGCGUCCAGCUCGUCGUCGCUGAAUUUACUCGAUGCGGAAGACGCGGAUAGUAAAACAGAAGGGGAAGAAGAGAGUGUUGUCCCGACGCCGUCGCUGUUCUUGUUCGGACUGCCCAGUCGGCCGGAACUGUGUCGCACGGCGUCCGUUCCCGUGGGGAACGGCGCGGACGAGGCCACCGCGUCCGAGCCGGUCAGUGUGAAGCGUCACAGCUAUUUCUUCGGUCAGAGCGACGCGGACUGGGUGAAAACUGAUUCCGCGGAGGAGAAACAAGCCGAGCAGCGGAUUUUGGAGGCGGAGGAAGUGCGCGCGUCCUAUCUGUUUUCCCAACCUAUUGCUGAUCUGGGUGCGUCUUCUAGCCGCGUUUACACGCCGGUGGCGGCGUCCAGCUUGGCUGAGACGCUGGAGGAGAUCGCCAAACAGCUGCCCAGUCUCCAGCCGCUCCCGGACACCGAAAUUCCCGAAAUGGAUGACAAAACGCAUCGUGAAGUGGAAAAUGAAGCGGCGGAGGUCAGCAGCAACAUACAGGCCGACGGGUACCGCUGGAUGGACAGCUCCAGCGAGUCCCUGGCCGCGCCGACGUCGGACACCGACGCGGCGCUCGAGCCGACCGCGGAGCCGCGUAGUGACGGGAAAACCGGUGAAGAAACGACGGAGAACGUCCCGGACACCCCGUGCAGCGUCCGCGCGCUGCGCUGCCGUUUCGAGGCCGACCGGAAGCCGGAGCCGGUGCCCAAAGCGCCCACCGGCGUCACCCUGGUGCGCAGUCCGACGCGGGAGUCGCUGAAGAGCAAGCUGGACGCGUUGAGCGACGUGUACUCGUCCGAAUCGACGGAGGCGGACGAGCCCGUCGCCUGGCAUGCCCCGCUGCCGUUCAGCCGGAAGUGGAGCGUCCCCGCGCCGGUGCCUAUCAAGUCAGAGGGCUCCACGGGGUUCCGCUGGCCGCCGGAGCGCGAGGAACCCAAAGAAGAGAAGGAGCGGAAGGAGGACGGCAAGGAGAACAGCGACACCGUCAGUCUGUCGGAGGAGGGCGGGACCGGCGCCGGAAGUGGCGGGAGGAAGGGGAAGAAGGUCAGCCAGAUGUGCCAGAUCUUCCAGACCCCCGAGGCGGUCGCCGCCCCGUCGCGGGGUGGUACGUUGACCGCCCGCGGGACGUCCGGGCGCGCAGCGUUGAGCAGCAGCUCGGUGCGGUUGUUGCCGCAGUAUUACUCGUCCGUUUAGCGCGUUGAACGGAAUAACGCGCGUUGAAUCGUUGAACGGUUUAGCGCGUUGAACGGAACGGUUGUUUAGCGCGUUUGAGCGGAAUGGUGAGGAGAUUUCGGCGAGGGCGUUCCCGAUGGAUUUCGACAGGAAGGGAGGUUAACCGUUGGAAUGAUUGACAUUUUUUUCCUCGUUUUACGCCGACUUUUACUGGUUUCAGUAGCGUUAACUGCUUCUUCCAGCUAGCCUUCUUUAGUUUUGUUUUUCCUCUGUGAUUUUGACAUCUCUGCGCGCCUUUUUUUGCGUUUAUUCUCUCACCGCGUUCGCGUCGUCCCGAUGGUUGGUGGUACACUUGUACGUACUCGGAAUGGAUAGAAUGGAAUACUCGUAGAAUCCUAACGAAAUAAUUAUUGAUUUCUACUGUA